GAGUCCUUACAGUUGGAUGGAAUCAUUGGAACACACAGUGUGAUCUCCUUAACUACCAUGGCACCAUAUUGGAAGAAUCACAGGAGUUCGGUAAGGGAAGGAGCUGUUUGCUUUGUGCUGGGAGCAGUAGGAGGAUGUGCAUUAGGAGCCACAGUGACUCCAGUACAGCAGGCCAUGACUGAGAUUAUUUCAGGGUCACUACUGCAACCAGUCACAGAUGCCAUGAGGACUGUGGGGCCACUGGGGCUGGGGACUUUACUGGGAGCAACUGCAUUAUCCACAGCAAUGGCUUCAGCUGCAGCAGGAGUCAUCGUGGCUGCUUUAGUUUCUUUGCUGCUCAUGGCGCAAAAGAAACAAGAGUCUAUGAGUGGAUUUGUGUGGAUUGCAGCUGCGGUAGCUGCAGCCCUUAGCACAACAUCCUGUGGAGCAGCUCUUGGGUUUGUUAUAGAAAAACACAUCAUGAAGUCUGGGGUCAUGGCACUUCUCUGGGCUCUAGGGAUAUUCACUCUGCUGAAAGCAUUAAUUCACAUUGUGGUAAAGCUGGCAUUCAGAAAAUGGGAGUGCUGUAGCAUUUUUGUCACACGAGCUGAAGAGCAAUGCUACAAGAGACUGGACAUUUUGGACGCAGAGCAGAGAGAAAAAGUCACCGUGGAGAUUGAACAGAUUAUGAUAGCCCUUGAGGCAGAAAAAAGCUUGGAUGGAGAGAAUGGCCAGGAUUUCAGAGCUGCUUGGGAGACCCAACGCCAGAACAGAGAGGAAAUAGAGAAAAAGCAAAGGAAAGCAAGGGAACUAACAUUGAUGCAAAAGAGCAUUUAUGAGCGUCUGACCAACAUUUUAGCCAAAUAUGUAGAGUUUCUGACUUUCUCCAGCAUUCCAAUGAUAGUGACUGCCACUGUGACUGCUGGCUUAGGAAUCUUUGGAUAUGGGGAUUACAGAUUUGUUUUUGUUGUCCUAUUAGUCUUAGUCCUAUGCAUGGCCUUUAUACUAAUAAGGUCGAUGCAUUUGAACUUCUGGAUAUUCACAGCCUGCGUAGGAAUAUUUGCCACAUUCUCCAUCGCUGUGCUCACGGUGCAUGCAGGACAGGAAGUGCUGGAGAUGUCUGUAAGAAUGCGAAAGGCUGGACAGGUACUAAGUAAUGAAAACAUUGCUGCCAGGAUGGAGCACAAAUCUUCACUAGAAGCCAUAGGAUCAGGGUUUUUUGUAUCCAAAAUGAUGCAGAUCGCUUUAGGUGCCUCAAUGGGAGGUCCAUUGGAUCAGAAGGUGCUAGAUAAAGUUAUAGUGGGAGCAUCUGUUACAACAGUAGCUCUUCUUUCAACAGUUGAAACCUUGUCAACCACUCUUGGGAUUGGUGGUACAACUGGGGCAUUGCUGGGGGCACUAGGGGCAGCUGGGGUGUCUAUGGGAGCAACUGCAGCUGUAUCAUUUCAGUGCUCCUCAUGGGCAGGAACCAUAAGCACCACAGCUGGGAUGUUAUCUGGGGCUUUAACCGUUGGAAACUGGGACAUCACUAACAUUGGACUGCAGAUAAUUGUGGCCUACAUGUUUGCUGUGACAAAUCCAUACUAA